GCAUCCAUCCCAUCAUCACAGGACCCUUCCCCUUUAGCCACAAGCCAGUCAUCUCUCUAGCUUUGCUGCUUACUCAGUCAGUAAUGGCGUCCAAGCAGAUGCUCGUCGCCGUGUUCGCUGCGGCCGCCCUCGCCGUGGCCUUCCUCCCGGGGCUCGCCGUCGCCACGGAGCACAUGGUCGGUGACGACAAGGGCUGGACCCUCAAUUUCAACUACUCGGCCUGGGCUGAGACCAAGCAGUUCGUCGCCGGCGACACGCUAGUGUUCAAGUACAACAGCCCCGCCCACAACGUGGUGGAGGUGGGCGGGCCGGACUUCCUCAAGUGCAGCCAGCCGGCCAACGCCGUCGUCUUGACCACCGGCGAGGACCGGGUCACGCUCGACAAGGCCGGACGCAAGUGGUUCUUCUGCGGCGUCGGGCAGCACUGCGAGAACGGCAUGAAGCUCAAGAUCACCAUCCUCGAGACCGCCCCGCCGACUCCCCAGCCAGCCCCGCCCCCGACCAACCCUGCUGGCAAGCUGCAGGCGCGCUUCGGUGAGGCAGCGGCCGCGGUCACUGCGGUCGCCAUGGCCGUGCUCGUGCUCUAGGCCACCACAGUCCCACUCCAUCCUCUUUACACAUAGCUAGCUCAGCGAUCGAGAGUGUUGCGUUGUGGGUUGGUUUUUGCGCGCGGUCGAUCGUGCUGUUAUUUUUUAUGUUACAACCUUGUGCAUU